UGUUGAUAACAUCGCCUGGAUUGGAGCUCUUUCUUUCUCAAAUGGUGCUGCUCACACUAUUUUUAGGACUUUGGAAUAUCUCAACUUUCUCUUUGUGAAGUAAUGGACAAGUGGUGACGAGUUUUAGUCAAGUUUAAAUUAAACAGUAAUUAUAUUUAAUUGCAAUUAAAGUAGUAGCACUUCCUAUUAAAAUUGGACAAUUCAUCAAAAAUAUGUUUUAUUUUUAAAACACAAUUUUUAAAAAAACAUUUACAACAACAUUUAAAAAAUUAUUCUUUAUAAAGUUGUGACAUUUUCUGUGUGCAAAAAUAUUCUGCUGCAAAAAAACUGGGUCAAAUAACAGGAAGUACGAGAGAAAGCUGAUUCCCUGUGUAUAUGAAGCGAAAAGUCAUUUUCGGAGAAAGUCAGCAUAUUUCUUCUUCUCUAUCUGUUUCCAUUUAUGUUUAAAAUAAAGAGUAAUUCUUGAAGUGGGACAGGAUACAAAAUUGAGUGUUCUCCUUCCUCCUCCUCCUCCUACACUUUUUGGUGUGGAAAGAACACAACCAACGAAGAUCUCUUCUUCGUCUAAGUUUCCCAUAAAAAUAACAAUAAGGCGGCCAGCCACACAUUACAUUACAUAAAUCGGAACAAGAAGAAGAAGAAGAAAGAAAAUCCACUCAACCAAAGAACACAUCGCAUCGCCUUCUCCCUCCCCGAUUUCAAAUACAUUGACGACUUUCUCCAUUUGAACUCUGAGUGACCAUUUUGUAUGUAAAUCGGGAAUUUGAGAAGAAUUCGAAUGGGAUCAUUCCACAGAAAAUGAAGGAAUUGGAAUAAUCCUUUCGCUCUCGCUUUUCUUACGAACUGGGGAGAAAGUGGAAGAAGAUAAAAUAAAGUCAUUUCUAUCUUUAUCCUUCUUCCUCCUCCUGCGAUACGUUCCGGUCUGACUUGUUGUAAAGAGACAUCACAUUCAAACUGCGGGAGAGAGAAAGUUGUAAAGUGAAGAAAGCCAUAGUGGGCUAGUCUACAGCGCUAUUUCGGUGUCAUCUUCUUAAUCCGUUUGCACGUCUCGUUAUACGGAACUAAAAUCCGAGAUAUCUCGACCCAAGUGCGUAUGGGUAUAGUGAGAAAAGUUGGAUGAACACGAUAUGCUUACAUAUCAGCGAAAGUGUACGACUUGAUGAGAAUUUUUGGCUCUGGGACAAAAUUUUUCGCGAUUUAUGUAAUACUUCUGUACUCGUGGAAAUUAUUGGAUCGUACUUGGAACAAAAUUAUGUUAUGUGCUUCGUCUAAAGACGCGUUUACUUUCACUUUAUGAUGUGACGUUGUGAAAGCGUAGGAUUGAAGCAGGGUCAAGGCACGUGACGUACGUAAUUUGUGUUAAUCGUCAUGUUCGCAAUAAUCUUGCGUCGUUCUGGUGCGUAAGGAUUCUAAAUCUUACGCGUGAGGGGGAAGAAAAACAUAAAAAUAGAAAAGUAGUGAAAGUGUAGACACAUUUAGAGACGAUUUUUAACUAUUUCUCCUUUAUCGGACUACAUACAUAAUACUGCAGCAAUAAAAUGGACGACUUAACCGGUAGGAAUUUGUAUUGUAAAAAUUACACAAAUUCGACCCCCUCAAGUAGUCGGGUCCCCCAUAAGAAAAGAAACUGUCGGCAUACUAAAAAUUCACCCGGCAAACUGCACUCUGCCAAUAAUAACGUGAGAGAGGAAAGCAGCCCCACUGCGACACAAACUGAGACACGACUUUCGAUUCAAGCAACGAACGGAUUAAAUUUAAAGGGGAACUUUCACCGGAAGAAUUUUAAUCUGAACAUGUCAAGGUGUGAUCAUCCAAACCGGAAAAGUUACCGGGACGACGACUACCCAUUCUUCCUUUGUAAAAUGGACGUGUACCAUCCGCCGAGUAAUGAAAGAGACAUUUUUUACGUCCGGACAAGAAAGAGAAAGGACUCGUUGUGGAUUCAACUCUCGAUUUUGAUCCUCUUCUUCCUUCUACCAUGUCCAGGUUUCCGGUCCGAGGUUGCCGCCGCAGUAUCAUCAGGUUCUUAUCUGCCCCCGCGUCCACUUCCGGUCCAACAGCAGCAGCGUCAAAAUGCUUCGUCCUUGUCCAGCUUAACGGCAGGAUUUAGCAUACCGGGACUAAUCGGUAAUGCGAAUAGUGGCAGCAGUGUGAGAUUUGGAGGGGGAACGACUUCGACGACGACGACGUGGUCAACGUCGCCACCUUCGGGAGGAGAGGCCUUGGUCGACGAUGACUAUCCAUUCGAAAACAAUACUUUCUCCAAUGCCACCGUUCCUCUCGGGGACUCGGCGUUUUUAAAGUGCACCGUCAAAAACUUGGGGGAAAGAGAGGUAUUUUGGAUACGGCGACGAGACAUGCAUAUCAUAUCUGUGGGUAAAAAUGUGUACACGAACGACGAAAGAUUUCAUAUUCUUAACUUUGAGGGAUCUGACGACUGGACGUUGCAGAUAAAAUACGUCCAAAAACGCGAUAAUGGGACUUACGAAUGUCAAGUCUCCACGGGUAAGGGAAUAGCUUCGUAUGCAGUUCACGUCUUUGUAGCCGUACCUGAAGCGUUUAUUCUGGGCAAUGGAGAGUAUCACAUUCAAGAGGGGAGCACCAUCAAUUUGGUCUGCAUUGUGGAAAAGAGUCCGAAACCACCCGACUACAUCUUCUGGUAUCACAACGAGCGAAUGAUAAAUUAUGAUAAGGAUCGCAAUUUACGAAUCCAGACGGAAACAGGGAGUAAAACACAUUCAAGACUGAUAAUUGAUAAUGCUCAAGUAUCAGAUUCGGGAAAUUAUACGUGUCACAUUUCCAACGCGGAUCCUGCCUCUACACUUGUGUACAUUUCACAAGGUCAGGUCACAGGCGACAAAAUGGCUGCCAUUCAGAGGAGAAAGUCUGCUGCAUCGAUGUCAUCAAACUAUUACACGAUUUCUGACUACUUUCCACUCUUGCUGCACCAAAUAUUUUGUGUUCUGCUCAUUCUCAUCAAUUAUUAAGUGAAAGUUUAAUAACUCUAAUUAAAAUUUUUAUCAGAUUUUAAUAAUAAUACAGAAUUUAUCAAAUCCUCGUUAAAAUUAGGGCGAAAAUUUAUGCACAUAAUGAAUAAUAUAAUUCGUAGUUUCAUUUCAUCUCGUAUUUAAAACCAAUGUUGGAACCGAGGAUUAGAAGAGGGAAACGGAACAAAAUUAGGCAGGGAAAGUUUUAAUUUUUCACUCUGAACAAAUUAUGCUAGAAGAAAAAAGGAAGGGAUGAAUUAAGAGUACAAUACAUUUUAGAAAAUCUCUCAACUAAUUAAUUAACACUACCAGAAUAAACUAGUCUAACUACUCACGAGUUUAGCGGUUAACGAACAUAACCGUAAACUUUUUAUUAGUCAUUAAGUCUUCUUGAUAUAUAAGUAAAAGUGAAUUUCUUCCUACGAGAUUUAGUAGGAGACAUAAAAUAAAAUCUGCUUUUGGAUAAUUUUUUAAGUAAAUAUGAUUUUUCUUGCUAAACUCUGAACGAAAUUAUUUAAACGAUUUAUUGAAUAAGCCAACGUAUUUUUUUCAUGAUUCAUUUUCUGGGAGAGUGAAAAUUUUCGAGGUGAAAUUGUCUACAUUCUGAAAAUCAUCACAUCCGCCCACGAAAUUGGACGCCGACGACGCCGACAAGAAUGACGAAGCACGAGCAACCAACUAGCAAAAUGACUGGACGACUUUCACCAAAACCUUCUCUUCUGAUCAGAGCAAAACGGGGUGAAUUUUGUGUAAUCGUUUGUUAUUUUUACUUUAAUCAAACAUGAUUUAUUUUAGGGGGUCAUGUUUAUUUAUUUUUUAAGGCGUGAACCAAUUCCUGUAAAAAUUAUUGAUUUUGUCGUUAGUAUUCAUUCAAGUCUGAAAGUUAUUUAUCGCGACACAGUUUACUUGAAGAGUUUCCGGAUGAUUCUUCACGUACUACUUUCAACUUCCUCUCCGGCUGAAUGAAUGAAACGAAAUGAUUCUGAACUUGUCCAACUUUCACUCAAUUCGACAGAUCCCAUUCAAAGUGUUUCACCCAAUACGGACGACUUGAUUUAAAAUUUGGGCCAUUUCCAAAGGAUUUAUGUCGAAUGGGAGGAGACGGGAAAUGGUUUAUGUAUGACUAUUUUAUUGCCAGGCUAAUGGUUAUGAUCCACUUUCACUUCACUACCUACAACUGACUCGAGGUGUAAUUCGCAAGGCUAUAAAUAUACGCAACGAUUGAGUCAGAUCGGAUUGGCUGAACUGGAAGGAAGAAAGGUGACUCGGUUUUUGAGAGAGGGUUUCGUUUCACGGUGAUGAAAUGUGUUCCGGCAGAUAAAUUAUGUUUGUAAUUAACACCGCAUUUUGCAUGUAAUAAACAAAGAUUUUUAGAUUUUAUUUAGUUUGAAUAUUAUUGAAGUACAUUUUUUGCUUGGUUGGUUAUAUAUUCAUUUUAUUUGUAAUUGAAAUUGUGUUUAGUUUUUUUUAAAUCAAUUUUGGUAUUAUGGAUAUGCAUUUUGUGUUCUUAUAAGAUUCCCCUUUUGCAAAAUUUGUUUUUAGGGAUAGAGAGAAACAUAUUUCUGGAAACAUUUGGGAAACUGUAUGAAUUCGAAAUUUCUAUAUUUUAUAACUCGUUAAAUUCAAUAUUUUGUUAUACUAAAAUGACGAAAAACAAAAAUUACAUAUUUUGAAUUUUAAAAUAUGGACUAAAAUGACGAAAUACAAAAAUUGCAAAUUUUGAAUUUUAAAAUGUAGAAUGUGUAGAUCAUUUACAAUUUCUUUAGUAUAAAGCUCAAUUAAAUAAAAUCGGUGUACGAACUGUACACAAACCUUUCACAACUAAAAACAUCGAUCUUUCCCAAUUUAAAACUAUAUUUAUUCUCAAAUUUCCCAAAGUGAUCCCCAUUCUGCAGUCCUGCCCUGUUAAUUAUUUAUUUCCAUAAGCACCACCCCCAUAGUAAAAUGUGCAAUGUACAUAAAUCUGGCUUAAAUUUAUUCCUUGAAAUACAUGUGCACAUAACAUAUUUUAUUUUUGCCACAUAUUUCAUAACUCGAAACCCUUCCUCCUCUAAAAACAUGGGAAUUUAGCCGAGUAAAACAUUUUGUUCGUGUCGGGUUAUUUUGUGUUUGUCGCAUUACAUCAUGGAUCUUCAGAUUCAGAUAUUUGCAAGAACACAAAAGUAUAAUGGAUCUCUUGUGUAUUGUAUUGUAUUUGAGGUUUUGUUCCAUUCUGGGCACGAGGAGAGGGGCAGAGGGGAUUUUGUUGGGAUGUGUGUGUCUGCGGUUUUGAGGAACAAAGUGAAAGUACCAUUGGCCUCGAGGAAGUGGAUGUGUUUCUGUCUGUGAGAGAUCUCAUAUGUACGAAUACAAAUGUAUGUAUCUUGUACUUUAUAAUUUUGAUAUAAAAUAUUGAAUGUCAUGAUUUACAUGUAUCACUACACGACACUUAUCUGUACCAUUUAUUCUGGUAGAAUUCCCUGAUGAGAAAUUUCAUAUAUUUCUUCUCGGGAAGAGAAACUGAGCUCGGGUAAUAUGUUCGCUAGCUUGAUAAAUAAUUUACAUACGUACAGGAAAAUACUAUAUUUCUUAGUUUAACCCAGUUUUUAAGUCGUUCUAUGUCCUACUUUAUUGUAAAGAUAAAUAACAAUAGGAAGAAAUAUCUAUGUGUAAUAAAAACUUGUACAUAAAAAUAUGUAAAAAGUAUAGAAAAUUUUGUGCGUAGUUUUAAAAUUAUUUCUAAGUAAUUUACUUAUUGAAUAAUGGAUUAUUCUGUGUACAUGAACUUGUAAACUUGUAAAAUAAGUAAGAUAAAUACGUACAUAUUUGACUUUCUCUCUCUCUCUACUCUUUAGUCAUGUGUGAUUUUGUCUCGGAUUUUCUCCAUAAGCUGCGAUAAAAAUCAAAUCUUUCCCGAAUAUAUUAUAAUAUAUUAUGUAAUAAAAUA